UCAUACCUGUUUGAAUCAUGUUUAGUCUAUCAUUUUUUUGGGGCAAAUGUCAAUUUACUUAUGAAAUUAGUAUCUUGUGAGAUCCAACCCUCAAGUUCAACUGUAGUGUAGCUCACGUUCAGUGCUGUCGCCCACUUUACGCAAAUUCUAUAUCCUGAUGUGCAAUAAUUCACUUCAGCAACAAAGUUUAAAAUGUCGGCAAGGUCUCGAAUUUGUGCAAAUCUAUCACACAAUUCAGCAAAUGAGCAAGCAACGACAGCAAGGGGUUGAUCUUUAAAAUAUGAUACUGUGAAAAUAACGCUUUAACGUAUCGACCAAUGCGUCCAGACGAGUUUCUUAUAUUCGAAUAGCAUACUCAGCUUAUCUUUCAAUAAUCAAAUAGUACCAAGGUACGCAAGCUAUCUGGUUGUUGAUCAGUCACUGUUCGCCAUUUGCACAUCUGACCUAAACGUAGACAUGUUUUGUGGUGAGUGCGGUCACUGCUGGGAGCCCGAUGAGAUCGCCAGUGCGCGCUUUUGUGCUGAGUGCGGCGAACCUCGUGAAGACGUCCUCAGUUGUUCCUACGUCCAUGCCAGCAUCCUCCUUCGACCUUCUUGCGUCGUCCAGCUCGAGACCUCAUCGUCCUCCGUUGCGCCUUCGUCGAAUACUUUCCCAUUGCUACCUCAAACUUCUCUGCACCCAGCUACAGCAUAGUUGCGCUUACUGCAUGUAACUUGAUGCAGCUCCAGUGAGAGCUUUGCUUCGAGUUAUAGCGCACUGUCUACUAACAAUUGCAUGUAGUGAAAAAU